AUGGGGAAAAAUCCAAACAGACCACUCAAACCUCGCCGCAAAGGACGAGGACGAGGUGCCUUAUCGGGUGCAAAUCUUAUCGCCUUCGCCCCCCACCGAAAUGCCGAUGUACAACGACAACUCGGAAGCGUCUCUCACAAUAUGCCCCCUCCACCACCACCACACUUCAACACAGCAGACUCUCGAGCAACUAUGGCGCCCGCACCUCGACCAGCGCCGCCUGCUCCAGAGAGUGCACCUGUUACAGGCCCCCACCCUUCAUACAUCCAGGUCGCGAAACCCUAUGUCUUCCAGCAACAAUUACAAGGACAACUCGUGGCUAUGGGCGCAAACCCCACUCGGGAGGAUACCUUUAGGUUACAGGGUGUUCAGUGGAUCAGUGACGUUCGAAUACAUCUACAGCUGCCUGUUCGAACUUUUUGUACGGCUUGUGUGUAUUACCACAAGUUCCGUCUUGUUCACAGGGACAACGAGUACCAAUUCCAGGAUGCUGCGGCUGCGGCUCUCCUUACGGCCUGUAAAAUUGAGGAUACUCUAAAGAAAUCAAAGGAGAUUUUGUGUGCUGCGCAUAAUGCGAAGGUUGGGAUUUCUGAGCAGUUGAGUCCGGAUGAUAAUGCAUUUGAAGGCCCAUCAAAAAUUGUCAUUGGUCUCGAACGUCUCAUGCUCGAGGCAUCAGGCUUUGAUUUCCGAGUCCGCUUCCCACACAAACACCUUGUGAAGCUUGCAAAGGCCUCAAAGGUAGACGACGACGUUUCUAAAGUUGCAUUCAAGAUGAUGAUCGACCUAUACCGCACAUUUGCUCCUCUUAAACACAGCUGUGCCGCCAUGUCCUUUGCGUGUAUCGAGCUCGCCACUAUUCUCCUCAACAAGCAGCAAGAUUUUAUCCGAGGCGAGCAUGCACCAAGUCCGCAAAAGUGGCAUACAUCCCGGGCUCAGAUAAUGGAAGCUAUCCUCGAUCUCGUUGAGCACUACACGCAUUUCCCAAAGGCGUCCAUUGUUGGGCCUUCCUACCCAAUCGACACAUUCAUCAACAUCCGCAUCAAUAUGAACCAAGAACUAGAAGCCGAGUCCUUGACUCGGUAUACCGAACAACACGACGCUCCCAAAACCAACGGCAUCAGAUCUAACAUCAAGACACCGAAAACACCCAUCACACCUGCUAGCCCCUCGGACCUACGAACCAAUGGCAACAAAGACGUCGCUUCUCCCGCCACCCUCAGCCCGCGCUCUUCUGGCUCAGGCCGCAAGGGAAUUGGUGCACGUGGGCAGGAAGGAACUGUGCGCUUUAUGCUGGAUGCCGAGAAGGCUAAGCAGGAGAAGGAAGAGGUUGCGCAGUAUUAUAGGGUUGAGUGGGAGGAGUAUGAGGUCGAGGUUGAGGAGCCGAUUAGGCAGGAAAAGAAUGACCAUGGUCAUAACCAUAAUCAAAACCAUAGGGGUGGGGGACAGCAUAUGAGGAAUGGGAGGGAUGGUGGGUUUCAUCAUAAAAGGGUUCGGAGGUAA